UUGAUUGAAGAAAGGGGUAAUGUAGUUUAGUUGAGGCGGGUUGUUUUGAGUGAGUCUCAGUGCAAGGAGCCUCUCAGACCGAGAGGGAGAGUGGAAGAGAGAAGCGCGGACGCACGCUGUGAGGGGAGAGAGUGAAGCGCGCACACUUCAGUAGCACAAGGCUGUUGUAAUGCAAACUCGACGUGCGCAACAGAUCUGUACUGCAGCGGACAACGGGUAUUUUAAUUCAAAUUGUUGCAAGUCGGCCAACAUUGCAUCUGAAUGUGUUCUCUUCUCAAUACGAGCAAUGCGACGCGGAACACUCCACCCAGUUGCCUAAAUCAAACCAGGAAUUGAACUCUGCAACAUUUUGGAGCUUCUUUUUCCUUGAUUUUUCCCACAAAGGAGCAUAGUGACGGGACUUUUAAGAAUGAGAAUGUGGGGAUUAUUCAUCAUUUUCGUGCUAUCAACGCUCCAAGCCUCUGGUAAGACACUGCGUUAUCAGAUUUAUGAGGAACAAAAGGUUGGCACAGUUAUUGCUCGUUUAAAAGACGAUGUCGCGGAUGUUCUGGCUAAACUUCCAAGCUCUGUGUCGUUGCGCUUCCGAGCCAUGCAAAGGGGGAGUUCAUCCUACCUGACAGUGCGCGAACAAGACGGAGAAAUAAGCAUCAAGUCGAAAAUUGACAGAGAAAAACUUUGUGAAAAUAAUCUCAACUGCUCGAUUCAAUUCGACGUGCUUACUUUGCCUACGGAGCACCUGCAGCUUUUUCAUGUCGAAGUGGAAGUGCUGGACAUUAACGACAACGCGCCACAGUUCGCCCGUUCAGUAAUCCCGAUUGAAAUAUCCGAGAGUGCGUCUGUGGGCGCGCGCAUUCCCCUGGACAGUGCCACGGACGCAGACGUGGGCGAAAACUCCUUGUACAGCUAUGACUUAGAGCCCAACAAUUUCUUUAAAAUUGAAAUACAGUCCAGAACCGACGGGGCGAAAUAUUCUGAGCUUGUGGUACUCCGAGAGCUGGAUCGGGAGGUGCGCUCCAAUUAUGAACUAAAGUAUACAGCCUUUGAUAGGGGUGUUAUAUCCCGAACCGGAACCACUCUGCUUAAAAUCAACAUCGCAGACUCAAAUGACAACAGCCCAGUCUUUGACAAGUCAUCGUAUGUGAUAAACCUACCCGAAAAUGCACCUGUUGGAACACUGAUAAUUGACUUGAACGCCACUGACGCAGAUGAUGGGACGAACGCCAAAAUAGUAUAUUCAUUCAGCAGUCAUGUGUCCCCCAAAAUCAUGGAGACGUUCAAAAUUAACCCUGACAGUGGUCAUCUGACCCUCAUAUCUCGUGUAGACUACGAGACAGUUAACUCCUAUGACAUUGACGUGCAAGCACAGGAUAUGGGUCCAAACUCAAUGCCAGCUCACUGCAAGAUACUGGUCAAAGUGGUGGAUGUAAACGACAACAAACCAGACAUCAGCAUAAAUAUAAUGUCCUCACAGGGAAAUGGGGAUGCUGCAUAUGUGUCAGAGGCUGCACCGCUGGACACAUUUGUAGCUUUAGUGAGGGUGGAGGACUUAGACUCUGGUUUGAAUGGGGAGGUGGAGUGUAAACUUCACGGUCAAGGUUAUUUUAAACUACAGAAAACAUAUGAAAACAACUACAUGAUUCUGACUAAUGUGUCUCUGGACCGAGAAAAGAGGUCAGAGUUUAGUUUAACUGUGGUGGCUGAGGACAAAGGAAUUCCAAGUCUCUCCACAAUCAAGCACUUCACUGUCCAUGUAACGGAUGAAAAUGACAAUCCACCACAUUUUGAGAAAGGACAGUUUGAAAUCUUUAAAUCAGAGAACAAUGCCCCAGGGGCAUAUUUGACCUCCAUCAUAGCAACAGACCCAGAUCUGGAUGUCAAUGGACAGGUGAUCUACUCCAUUCUGGAGAGUUCAAUUCACGGGAGCUCCAUUUCCACUUAUGUCACCAUUGACCCAUCUAAUGGUGCAAUCUAUGCACUCCGCACAUUUGAUAGGGAGGAUGUGAGUCGCAUCACCUUUAAUGUGCAAGCCAAGGAUGCUGGAAAGCCCCCACUGUUCAGCAAUGCCACCAUUGUUCUAAACAUCCUGGAUGAGAAUGACAAUCCGCCCGUGAUUGUGGUCCCCCAGCUGUGGAAUUUAAGUGCUGAUGUACCAGUUUCAAAGUUCACUGAAGCCGGACAGCUUGUGACUCUGGUGAGGGCAACCGACCGUGAUACAGGAAUGAAUUCUGAACUCAUUUGCUCCAUCGUCAGCGGCAAUGAAGAAGGCUUCUUCAUUAUUGACCCAAGAACAUGUGAAAUUCACGCUAACGCCAGCUUAGAGAACUUCCCUUCUGAGCAUGCUGAGUUAACUGUUGUGGUGAGAGAUCAGGGAAGCGAGAGUCUCAGUGCCAAAGCAGUUCUUAGGAUCAACCUCUACGAGAAUAUGGAGAAUCAUGUCCAAGUGAUGGACCAAGGGGAGUCUCCACUUGAUGCAUCACUCAUAAUCAUCAUUUCCCUGGGGGCCAUAUGCGCUGUGCUGCUAGUAAUCAUGGUGGUGUUUGCCGCUCACUGCAACAGAGAGAAGAAGGAAACUAGGCAAUCUUACAACUGCCGUGUCGCGGAGUCUACCCACCAGCACCACCCCAGGAAGCCUUCACGGCAGAUCCACAAAGGAGACAUCACCCUAGUUCCCACUGUGAAUGGUACCUUACCAAUUAGAUCCCAUCACCGUUCUCCUUCGGCAACACCCCCAAUGGACCGAGCCCAGAUGGGGAGCAGGCAGAAUCACCAGAGUCGCCAAUCCCUUAACAGCCUGGUGACCAUCUCAUCCAAUCACAUUCCAGAGAGCUUCGCCCUGGAGCUGGCACAUACAACUCCACAGGUGGAGCAAGUCUCACAGCUUCUGUCCAUGCUCCAUCAGGGCCAGUACCAACCCAGACCCAGUUUCCGUGGCAACAAAUACUCUCGCAGCUACAGGUAUGCAUUACAAGACAUGGACAAGUUCAGCCUAAAGGACAGUGGACGUGGGGACAGCGAGGCGGGGGACAGUGAUUGUGAAAUGGGGAGAGAAUCCCCCGUGGACAGGUUGCUGCUGGGGGAAGGCUUUUCUGACCUUAUACAUCUUGAAAUGCACCCACGUCUCCAUCCAGCAAUGAGACUAUGCACAGAUGAAUGCCGGGUCCUGGGACAUUCUGACCAGUGCUGGAUGCCGCCCCUUUCCUCACCCACAUCCUCCUCAGACUACCGCAACAACAUGUAUAUCCCAGGGGAAGAGUCUUCCCAGCAACCACCGAUUGAUGAUGACCAGUCCUCAGAGGAGUCAGAACAGCUCAAGAGUUUCUCCACUUUUGGAAAGGAGCAUGGGAGUGAGGAGGCAGGGCUGGCAAGAGUUGCUGCUGCAGGGGGAAGUGACAUUUGCCCAUCUACAGGAGGGGCUGGCUCUCUUCUCACAGAGAUGAAUAGUGUGUUCCAGCGGCUCCUACCCGCUAAUAUGGACUCAUAUAGUGAGUGCACUGAAACAAGCCCAACCUCAUCCUCAUCAGUUGCUGAGAAAGGGGGUGGACGCGGUGGCAGCAUUUCUGGUAACCAUAGCAACAAUGCUGUUCCUCAGGAUAGUCGUAGAGGCCUGUUACCCGGUGGGAAGGGUCCCACUUACCCACCAGGCGUCGCCGCGUGGGCUGCCAAUACCCACUAUUUAAAUCCAGGAAGUGCAUCUGUAGGGAACAACCACAUUUCCCCAACUCUGCCCUCAUCAUCCAACUCCACCAAUGGACAGCCACCACAUCUCAAAUGGCUCCCUGCCAUGGAAGAAAUUCCAGAGAACUAUGAGGAAGAUGAAUUUGACGGUGCGUUCUAUCAGGGUCACCAGGGUGGCAAACGUGGCGAGAACCGCCAGGAGACCAGCAUGGAUGCUAGCGAGCUUGCCCAUGAGAUAAACAAACUACUGCAGGACGUCAGGCAGAACUAGCGAAUGAAAUACAGUAUGUAACAUUGUUUCCUCUGAGUCAUUUGACAGCCGUCUGAACAAAAUUCAAUGUGCAGACAUAAAUAUACAAUAUGAUAAAUGGAUUGUGCUCAUUGUUAUGUCUCGUUUGUUUUACCAAAUAUCCUCUCACCUCUCUGAGCUGAGAGACUUGAAGAGUAAAACAUUGCACUGUAACAGAAGUGGCACAAUGACCUCAUAGAAACUUAAUGUACAUGCUCUAAAGUUGUCAUUGUGUUUGUAGGUGAUUUUGAGCGAGAAUCGGGCAACGAACUCCCGAUCAUUAUUUGUAAUGUUUACAGAUGCCAGCGGGAAAAGCCAACUGUUACGUGAUCUUAAUUUUACAGUGUACAACAAAUGUACAGUGUCUGUGAAAAAAGUCUGCUUCACUUGAAUAUUGUGCUAUAUUUGUUUUGGUAUCAUGGAAUGUAACUGUACAAAUCAACCUUUGUAUUUUAAAAAUACACUCUUUUGUAUUUCUAUAUAUUUAUAUGUGUCCAUUUAUGUUUGUACAGGAGAAAAAAAACAAAUGUCUAUUUUUUUAUAAUAUCGCUGCAUGGCUUAAUAUUCAGUGUUUAUUCAAUGUGUCUCUUUGUUCUCUUUUAUUACUUUUAUCAAACAAUUGUAUUUAAUUUUGUAUUGAAUGUUUGUGAGCACCAUUUCACUGAAUCACAUUCCAACACAGUUAAUGUUGAGAUAUGGUUUUUGUAUGGUGUCCUAUGACAGAGGCAAAUAAA